UUUAUUUGCGAUUUCAAUGAAUGCCACAAAAGUUUUACACGAAAAGGAGAUUUAUUUCGACACAAAAGUUGUGUUCAUUUGAAUGAAAAGCUAUUCAAAUGCAAUGAAAAAAAUUGUGACAAAAGUUAUAUCUCAAAAUCAGGAUUAAAUUUACACAAACGCAUUCAUUCGGGACGAAAACUAUUUGUUUGUGAUUUCGAUGAUUGUAAAAAAGUUUUUACCGCAAAAAACUCUUUAUUUCAACACAAAAGUUGUGUUCAUUUAAAUGAAAAGAACUUCAAAUGUAAUGAAGAAAGUUGUGGCAAAAGUUUUGGCCAAAAAUCAAAUCUAAUUCGACACAAACAACGCAUACAUUCGGGAGAAAAACCAUUAAAUUGUAAUUUCAAUGAUAAACUGUUGACUGAUUUAUUUGCCACCAAAAGGGAAAGUUAUAAACGAAACGAACAAUUAGUUCAUCACAAAAAUGUCAUUCAUUUAGAUAAUAAGGAAUUUGUUUGUGAUGUCAAUGAAUGCAACAAAAGAUUUGCCCGAAAGAGAGAUUUAGUUCUUCACAAAAGUUGUGUUCAUUUGAAUGAAAAGCCAUUCAAAUGUAAUGAAGAAAAUUGUGGCAAAAUGUUUGCUAAAGAAUUCCUACUAAAUGCACACAAACGCAUUCAUUCGGGAGAAAAACCAUUUGUUUGUGAUUUCAACGGAUGUAAUCAAAGCUUUAAAAGAGUUUCACAUUUAUCUCAACACAAAAGUAAUGUUCAUUUGAAUGAAAGGCUAAUUAAAUGUGAUUUUCCCGAUUGUAAGCAAACCUUCAAACAAACCAAUCAUUUGGUCGCUCAUAAAAAUCGCGUUCAUUUCAAACUGAGAUUUGUUUGUGAUUUCAAUGACUGUAACAAAAGUUAUACUGAAAAAUACAAAUUAAUUCAACACAAAAACUUUGCUCAUUUAAAUGUAAUUAAAUUUAAAUGCAAUGAAAAAAAUUGCGGCAAAAACUUUAUUUCAAAUUCAGCGCUUAAUGAACACAAACGCCUCCAUUCGGGAGAAAAACCAUUUGUUUGUGAUUUCAAAGAUUGUAAUAAAUGUUUUCACAAAAUGUCAUAUUUAAAAGAGCAUAAAAGCACUCAUUUAACUGUUAAACAAUUUAAAUGUCAUUACAAGGAUUGCGGCGGAAGUUAUGCCAGCAAUAAAUACCUUUUGUAUCACAUCAGAAAUUAUCAUAAAAAA